CACACUACACACUUGUUGUUCCAACAAUCACACGAGCCAUUCAACUUGGUUUUCGAUUCUUAAACCGACCGUUGAUUAUAGGAACAUCAGCAUAUAUCAUAAUUGUUCCAAGUCUGCUAGCUGCUCCGCAUAUCUUUCCAAGUCUUGUAACUGCUCCAGAUUGGUUUAUGGCUCCAGUUAUUCAGCUGAUAAUUAUUACUUUGACAACUCGUCAGAUAUCAGCAGUGGAAAAGUAGUCAUCAGUCGUGCUCUUGUAAGCAUAAUGCUACGUUUCCGGUUGUCAAGAGAGAAUUUGGUGAGCUACCCAAAAGUAAAAAUGCCUCAAAAAAUUGGCUGAUGAUUGAGAUGAAGUACAACGCCAACUUCACAGCGUGUUCUAAGUGUGAGAAGUCUGGUGGCAGAUGCGGAUCAUCAAGCCAAAAACCAGAUAAGUUUGUGUGCUAUUGCUGGGAUGGACCUCGUCAACUCGAGUGCUCUCAAAAGUCUCAAUCAGAGAAGAAAAGACCGGAAAUCGGUAUAGGCAUUGGAGGAGUUUUACUUGUUCUUGUAGUAUUAUGCAUAGCCAUCUGGUACCGGAAGAAGAAGACUGGUCACUCGAUUUUCAGAACCCGGUGUACCUCUCUUGACAGUAGUGCAUCAGACCUUGAAUAUGGAAGCAAAUUCUAUGGCGUGACACUCUUCUCCUACACUCAACUUGUAAAGGCCACUGAAAAUUUUGAUCAAGCUAACGAACUUGGUAGUGGUGGCUUUGGAACUGUUUAUUACGGGAAGCUAAAUGAUGGAAGAGAAGUAGCAGUAAAACGCCUUUAUGAGAAGAACUACAAAAGAUUAGAACAUUUUAUGAAUGAAAUUCAUAUACUUACUCGUUUGAGAAACAAUAACCUCGUGGUACUCCACGGCUGCACUUCACAUCACAGCAGGGAACUCCUCCUUGUAUACGAGUACGUGGAAAAUGGGACAGUAGCUGAUCACCUGUACGGUGAAAACACAAAAUCAGGAUUCCUUCCAUGGCCUGUUCGACUGAGAAUAGCAAUCGAAACAGCCACUGCACUCUCUUAUCUCCAUGCUACAGACAUUAUACACCGCGAUGUUAAGACAAACAACAUUCUCCUAGACAGCAACUUCAGUGUCAAAGUUGCUGAUUUCGGGCUUUCUAGACUCUUCCCAACAGAUAAAACUCAUGUGUCAACAGCACCACAGGGGACUCCAGGGUACUUAGACCCAGAGUACCACCAGUGUUAUCAGCUGACAAAUAAGAGUGAUGUUUACAGCUUCGGAGUAGUCCUCAUCGAACUAGUAUCUUCUCUGCCUGCAAUCGAUAUGGACAGGCAUAGACUUGAGAUCAACUUGUCUAACUACGCAAUGAACAGAAUCCAACGUUGUGCAUUUGAUGAGUUAGUAGACCCACAGCUCGGGUUUGCAUCAAAUUUCAAGGUUAGAAGGAUGACUAUUUUGGUGGCAGAACUCGCGUUCCAGUGUCUGCAGCAUGAUAAAGAAUUCAGGCCAUCGAUGGAUGAGGUUUUAGAGGCUCUCAAGAAGAUUGAAAGCGCGGAUUAUGAAGCAUUGCAGGCAGAAGAAAUGGUACAUAAUGCUGCAGAGGAAGUUGUGAAAAUGCAUAUUGGUAACACACCAAUGCCUUCCCCUGCAGAAGAUGAUCAUGCAAAGCUGUUAAGCAAUCAUCAGCUAAUUCUGUCUUCGCCGAUCUCUGUGAUAGAUAAAUGGAUCAGUGGAUCUACUAUAUCAAGCAACAGCAAGUAAAUUAUUCAGUGAUUUUUUUUUUGUUUUUUUUUUUUUUUUUUUUUUUUUUUGAAAAAAUGAUCAACUAUAUCUUGGGUGCAGAAAAUUGCUCAACAUAAUAUGAUUUUAUUAUGGUUGGUGCGCCUUUUUGCUAAAUUUUGGUGAAUCUUUGAAGAUUUUGGCAAUGGAAACACAAUAUAAAGGAUUCAGAAGAGAAAUGAUAGGUUUUUGAAGGUGAUAUUAGAAAGGCAGAGAUAGAUUAUAAAGGCUAAAUAUUAUUUGAAUUAAGAUUAAUUUUUAUAAAUAGGAAAAUUUGUCAAGAACCAUCUUAUAAUCACCAGCUUUGCUACCUUACCAUCCA